AUGUCGACAGUGGUAGCUAAAAGGGGCACUGGAACUUCCCGAUUUACUGAGGCCAGACGAGCCAAGGCCGCUGCCAAAAAGGCGGAGAAGGAGGCUGAAGAGCGGAAGGUGGCCAUUGCCGAGAAGGAGAAAAAUGCGAUGAAGAAGGUUGGCAUGGAGAAUCAAGUCGCCGUCGACGAGAAAGAAGCCAACGCCAACGAGAAGAAAGUCGCCGCCAUGGAGAACGUCGACACCGAUAAGAAGGAUGCCCAGGUCGAGGGCGAGAACAGUGAGGCGGCUGUGGUCGAGACCAAGGUGAAGGAGAGACAGGGCAGCAUCGAUAGCGACGCCGACGCCGCGGCCGAAGACUGGGCUGACAUCUCGGAAACGGAGGAGGACCUGAGGAGGGCCUACGUCAAAUCUAUUUUUCGGAGAGUACACGAGACUCUGGAAAAUAUGAAAGAUAUUACCGAGCGUCGGAAAAGAUGA